ACACAUACAACGAACCAAAGCACAGGCCUCGUAACCUACUUCACAGUCUUCACUUGCCUUGCCCUUGGUCGUGGGGGUCAAAUCCCCUGCGACGCACCCCACCUAGAGAUAUUCAGUGCGCCGGAAAAAUGACGUCAGAGCGGACGCCGACGAGGAGGAAGGCGUCGUGGAAGGAGAGGGAGAACAACAUGAGGAGAGAGAGGAGGAGGAGAGCCAUAGCGGCAAAGAUAUAUGCGGGCCUCAGGGCUCAGGGCAACUAUCGUCUUCCGAAACACUGCGAUAACAACGAGGUCCUCAAGGCUCUCUGCUCCGAAGCUGGUUGGACCGUUGAAGAUGACGGCACCACCUAUCGCAAGGGAUGCAAGCCUCCCCCCUCAACUGAGAUUGCAGGAACCUCCACAAACAACACUCCCUGCUCUUCCCAGAAACCAAGCCCACCAUCUUCCUCCUUUCCAAGCGCAAUCGCUUCCUACCAACCCAGUCCCUCAUCCUCAAACCUGUCUUUCAUGGAUGCCAAUGCCUCUCUCAAUAUCCUUCCAUUUCUCUACAAGUCUAUCCCUUCAUCUCUGCCUCCUCUCCGAAUAUCAAACAGUGCUCCUGUAACCCCACCUAUUUCGUCCCCAACCUCCAGAGUUCCCAUGCCUAAACCCAACUGGGAGUCCCUUGCCAAAGAAUCCAUGGCCUCUAUCCAUCACCAUUACCCAAUCUUUGCUGCUUCUGCACCAGCAAGCCCUUCUCGCUGUCAGUAUAUUGCUCCUGCCACUAUACCUGAAUAUGAGGAGUCUGACACCUCAACUGUUGAGUCAGGCCAGUGGGUGAGUUUCCAGACGUUUGCACGCCAUCUUGCUCCAUUGCCCCCAACCUUCAAUCUUAUGAAACCUGUGGCUCAGAAAAUUUCACCAGAUGAAGCAACCAAAGAGAAGGGGAUAACUCCCGAGUUGGAAAUUGGAAGUGCACAGGUGAAGCCCUGGGAAGGGGAGAGGAUUCAUGAGGUAGGUUUGGAUGAUCUGGAGCUUACACUAGGAAGUGGAAAGAGUAGGAGUAAAGGCUAACCCCGAACCUGCUCUGUAAAUAUGUUAGAACAGAAGGUGGUGAUUCCUGGUUUGCUCCAUUACAUGUAGAAAGUGCAGUUCAGUCUUCAUCCAGAAACUCACCCACUGAGAAAUGCUGGUCUACAAAUGAACUUUGUGGCAGAAGGGAUUAGAUUUUCAUGUGGGGUUUUAUUUUUAAAUAACUUUGUUUUCUCAAUUUAAUGUAAUCACAAGCAUUACACAUUGAUAUUGCUUGGCAUUUCUUGUUGCAAUCGAGGGUUGUCUCCUUUGUAGACUAUGGGAAGAUGAGUUAAUGAAGUGUUAAUUGAAUCAA